CAGGGCGCCGAGGUGCUGCCCCGGGCCCUCUCCACGCGCUGCGUCAGCGGGGUCUGGGGGUUCCUGCAGCAGGGCGCCGAGGUGCUGCCCCGGGCCCUGUCCACGCGCUGCGUCAGCGGGGUCUGGUGGGCCUUCACCCUCAUCAUCAUCUCGUCGUACACGGCCAACCUGGCGGCGUUCCUGACCGUGCAGCGCAUGGAGGUGCCGGUGGAGUCGGCCGACGACCUCGCCGACCAGACCAACAUCGAGUACGGCACCAUCCACGCCGGCUCCACCAUGACCUUCUUCCAGAACUCGCGCUACCAGACCUACCAGCGGAUGUGGAACUACAUGCACUCCAAGCAGCCCAGCGUCUUCGUCAAGAGCACGGAGGAAGGCAUCGCGCGCGUCCUCAACUCCAAGUACGCCUUCCUGCUGGAGUCCACCAUGAACGAGUACCACCGGCGCCACAACUGCAACCUGACGCAGAUCGGCGGGCUGCUGGACACCAAGGGCUACGGCAUCGGCAUGCCGCUGGGGUCGCCGUUCCGCGAUGAGAUCACGUUGGCCAUCCUGCAGCUGCAGGAGAACAACCGGCUGGAGAUCCUCAAGAGGAAGUGGUGGGAAGGGGGGCACUGCCCCAAGGAGGAGGAUCACCGCGCCAAAGGGCUGGGCAUGGAGAACAUCGGCGGCAUCUUCGUGGUGCUGGUGUGCGGGCUGGUCGUGGCCAUCCUGGUGGCCGUCAUGGAGUUCGUGUGGUCAACGCGGCGCUCGGCCGAGAGCGAGGAGAUCUCGCUGUGCACGGAGAUGCUGCGGGAGCUGCGCCGCGCCGUCUCCUGCAGCCGCCGCCCCCGCGCCCGCCGCCGCCGCCGCCCCCACCCCAAAUUCGGGGGUCCCGCCCCUCCCCCGCAUCACCCCCAUCAUCCUCAUCAUCACCCGGGGGGCGGGGCUUCGGCGGCCCCGCCCCCCGCCCUGCGCGAGAUGCGCUUCAGCAACGGCAAGCUCUACUCGGGGCUGGGAGGGGGCGGGGCGCACCUGGAAGGGGGCGGGGUCUCGGCGGGGGCCACGCCCACGGCGGCCCCGCCCCCUCCGUGCACGCACGUGCGGGUGUGCCCCGAGUGCCGCCGCAUCCAAGCGCUGCGGGCCACGCCCCCGGCCCCGCCCAGGGGAGGGGCUGGAGGAGGGGCCGGGGGAGGGGCGGCCCCGCCCCCUCCGACCACGCCCAAAACGCCCCAGCCCCUCCCGCACCCGCCCCCUUCUGUGGAAGGGGGCGGGGAAUGACCCCAGCAGCCCCUCCCACAUUUUAAGCCCCACCCAUUUAAGCCCCGCCCCACCCUUUCAAAGCCCCUCCCCCCCCGCCUUGUGCGCCGUGCGCGCGGCGGGAAUUGGGGGGAGGGGCCACGCCCCCACCCCAAAGCCCCUCCCCCCGCCCUUAUUUGGGUUUAGCCCCGCCCACAUCGGAUUUGAAGCCCCUCCCCCUCCCCCAAAUUUGCACUGUGCCUUCCCGGGGUGGGGGAGGGGCGUGGGAAAGCCCCUCCCCCUCCUCAGCCCCGCCCCCACCCCCCCACGAGGCCCCGCCCCUUCCCCCUCCGCCCCUCCCCCCCUCCCCAGAACGGCGUGGGGGGCGGGGCCGGGAUGGGGGAGGGGCUGAAGGGGGAGGGCGGCGGGGAGGGGGCGUGGCGUUCUUAAUUAAUUAAUUAAUUAUUCUAAUUAAUGGUUUGGCUUUGAUUUUGGGGGGGGGAGGGGUUCGGGUGUUGAUUUUUUGGGGAUUUUUUUUGGGAUUGUUUUUGGGUUUUUUUCCCGGUUUUUUGGGUUUUUUUCCGGAAAUUUCCCCCUCUCGGUUCGGGGGGGGGGACGGGGUUGACGUCAUCGCGCGCGCGCCCCUCCCCCCCUUAAUUAAAAAAAAAAAAAUUAAUUAAUAAAAACCCACCCGGACUUUUA